AAAAAAAAGUACCAACAUGAUUUAGGCUCUUCUGUAGUCUGCUUUAACGGAGGGGGAAUGGGUAGGCUAGUGCUGUCCGCUAUUUUGGAAGAGAAGAUUUUCUUCCGUUUGAACCAGUAAUACUGUACAGAAAUGCUAAUACAUCUGAUGGGGUAAAGAUAAAACAUUCGAAAAGAAAAGCAACAAUCUGGAUUCUAGAGGGCCGGAGAGAACGUAGGGAUGCUCGAGCGUUGUCACAGCGACACAACUUGCUAGGACAUUGUGCACGCGCCCCGCCGAGAGGCAGCGUGAGCGAGCUAAAGAAGCAAUCGCACAAGCGCAGCAUCUUUUCGGUGCAUGGCUAUAACGGGUCGGAGGGGAAUCACGGAAAACCACCGCUAUUACCCAGAGACGAAGCAGGCAAGCACCACCAUGAUUCAAAUCGUCCUCGCUAUUUAAACUGUCGUUUGAGCUAUCCUCUCCACCCGCAAAGGGCAAGCGGGUAUGUUUUUGGGGGGUUGAAAAUCAACCUGCUUGCAAAAUCACUGUUGCCAAUUUAUGUAGACGAGGAAUUAGACUAGAUAUCAUUUUGUUGUCAGCAAAUGAGUUAUAAAGAUAUAUAUAUAGAGACUCGUCAGAUGAAAAGCCAAAGCUGGAAGAAUGAUUCCAAAAUCAGUCUACAUGCCUUCAUCUCGUGUGUAAUGCGCCUCACGCAGCAAUAGGCUUUAUUUGUUGGUAGCCUUUUCCUUUCGUCGUUGUCUCCCUGUCCCUCAUCAGAAUGUGGUAGUCCGGUCAAUCUACCGGGAUUGAGCGGGUGUUGUCGGUAAACAGAACCAGGGAAGCUUUCUAAAACCGUCUCCUUCUCCAAAGGACUAUGCUUCAAUAUUUCCCCAUCUAGAGGAACGGGGUGACAGCGAUCUAGAAGUCAAAGAGGAUUCCUUUUGAAAACCCCCCUUGGAAUCUUGCUACCGUUUAGACCACAUAACAGGGUCCGUUUGUGACGGUGACAGUUGACCAGGAACUGUGACGGCAGACAUCGACCGUGAUGAGGACCGUACAGGAGGAUGGAACGUAACAGAGUUCUGACCGUGGAACCGUUCUCGACAGCGACCGUAGAACACCAACACUGACCACAACCACACCUUCUAAAGACCGCCCGGUCUCCCCCUAACCCCCAACCUCUCCCGCCCCCCCUGUAUUACACCGCACCACCCGCGCCACUCCACUCCUCAUCCACCCAUCCUCCUGUACUCCCUCCCUCGCUCCAGACCUCCACCCUUUCUGAGGGUCCACUUUUUUCUUUCAUUAACACUCUCAACUACCCCUUCUCUCGUAUUCUCUUUCUAUUCCCUUUCUCUCCAAUAUUCUCUAUAUCUUCAUGAACAUUGAGUCCUCUUUGGAACUCUAACAUAGACGGACGAAUAUCGUUGAGUUGGAGGUGGAGUCUAUAGCUAUCAGUCAUGUAUCUCUUCCCUCUAUCCCUGUGUAAGCCAAAUGGGCGGGGUCUAAGCCUUAGUCCCCGCCCCCGCUGCAACAUGGCCGACACCUGUCUAGUCUGGCUUUUGGGCCUGGCUCUCCGCCUCUCUCUGACCUCCUGCCAGAAGAUAGACCCUGCCAACAAGCUGCCCACGGUGACCACCAACUACGGCAAGCUGCGCGGGCUCAAAAAGGACCUGAACAACGAGAUCUUGGGGCCAGUGGAGCAGUACCUGGGCGUGCCCUACGCCACCGCGCCCAUCGGCGACCGCCGCUUUCAGCCACCCGAGGCUCCGGGCUCUUGGCAGGAGAUCCGCAACGCCACAGCAUUCGCCCCGGUAUGCCCGCAGAACGUGCACGGCGUGCUGCCGGAGAUCAUGCUGCCGGUGUGGUUCACCGACAACCUGGAUGUGGCGGCCAGCUACAUCCAGAACCAGAGCGAGGACUGCCUCUACCUCAACGUCUACGUGCCCACCGAGGACGGUCCGCUCACAAAAAAACACCAUGAGUCUACAAUGAACAGACCGAGAGAUGAAGACAUCCGUGACCGCAGGAAGAAGCCGGUGAUGCUGUUCAUUCACGGCGGCUCCUACAUGGAAGGAACCGGAAACAUGUUUGACGCCAGCGUCCUCGCCGCCUACGGCAACGUCAUCGUGGUCUCUAUGAACUAUCGUCUGGGCGUGCUCGGUUUCCUGAGUACAGGGGACCAGUCAGCCAAGGGGAACUACGGUCUGUUGGACCAGAUCCAGGCUCUGCGUUGGCUCAAUGAGAACAUCGGCCAUUUUGGGGGCGACCCCGAGCGUAUCACCAUCUUCGGCUCUGGCGCCGGGGCAUCCUGCGUCAACCUCCUCAUCCUCUCGCACCACUCCGAGGGUAAGGGGCACGCUGGGUUGUUCCAGAGGGCCAUAGCCCAGAGUGGCUCAGCCAUCUCCAGCUGGUCGGUCAACUACCAGCCCCUCAAGUACACCAAGAUCCUGGCCCGGAAGGUAGGCUGCAGCCACUCAGAGACGGCAGAGUUGGUGGACUGUCUGAGGAAGAAGAACUUCAGGGAGCUGGUGGAUCAGGACAUCCAGCCGGCCCGCUACCACAUCGCCUUCGGACCCGUAGUGGACGGAGACGUGGUGCCGGACGACCCUGAGAUACUCAUGCAGCAGGGGGAGUUCCUGAACUAUGACAUCCUGAUAGGAGUGAACCAGGGAGAGGGGCUGAAGUUUGUAGAUGACAGUGAAGACAAUGAUGGGAUCUCAGCUGCAGCGUUCGACUACACCAUCUCUAACUUUGUGGACAAUCUCUAUGGAUAUCCUGAGGGUAAGGACAUCCUGAGAGAGACCAUUAAGUUCAUGUACACUGACUGGGCCGACCGUGACAACGGAGACAUGAGGAGAAAAACCCUCCUCGCCCUGUUCACGGACCACCAGUGGGUGGCGCCAGCGGUGGCCACGGCCAAACUGCACGCAGAGUUCCAAUCUCCUGUUUACUUCUACACCUUCUACCACCACUGUCAGACGGAGACGCGGCCGGAGUGGGCAGACGCAGCCCACGGGGAUGAGAUCCCCUACGUGUUCGGGGUUCCCAUGAUCGGAGCCACCGACCUGUUCCCCUGCAACUUCUCUAAGAAUGAUGUCAUGCUCAGUGCUGUAGUCAUGACGUACUGGACAAACUUUGCUAAGACGGGGGACCCCAACCUGCCGGUGCCUCAGGACACCAAGUUCAUCCACACCAAGCCCAACCGCUUCGAGGAGGUCAUCUGGACCAAGUUCAACUCCAAGGACAAGCAGUACCUCCACAUCGGUCUGAAGCCCCGCGUCAGGGACAACUACCGAGCCAACAAGGUGGCCUUCUGGCUAGAGCUGGUCCCUCACCUACAUUCCCUCCAUGACGAAUUCCCCCCCACCACCAGGCUACCUCCAGGCAGCACCCGCCCCCCCGGGGUCCCCUGGAAGCCCAAACCCCGCACCACAGGCCACCCCUACCCCACAUUCCCUGACCCCGUGGAGCCCUACGGAUCAGAGCGGCCCAGACUGGACCUCUUCCCCGGUGACACGCGGGAUUAUUCCACAGAGCUGUCGGUGACAGUGGCGGUGGGGGCGUCGCUACUCUUCCUCAACAUCCUGGCAUUCGCCGCGCUCUACUACAAGCGGGACAAGCGGCAGGAGAUGAGGCGCCACCGGCUCUCCCCGCAGCGCCACGGCGGGCCCGCCAACGACCUGGCGCACAGCCAGGAGGAAGAGAUCAUGUCCCUGCAGAUGAAGCACUCGGAGCAUGACCCGCACCACGACAUGGAGCCCCUCCGGCCCCACGACAUCCUGCGGCCCGCCUGCCCGCCCGACUACACUCUGGCCCUGCGGAGGGCCCCGGACGAUGUGCCCCUCAUGACCCCCAACACCAUCACUAUGAUCCCCAGCACCAUCACCGGCAUGCAGCCCCUCCACCCCUUCAAUACCUUCCCCAGCACCGGCCACAACAACACCCUGCCCCACCCCCACUCCACCACACGUGUAUAGUAAAGCUAGAGCUCCCCCUGGGGGACCGGUGGACCAACUACUACGCUCUCUGGCUCCCUCUAUAUGGAUAUCUCUCUCUCUCUUACUCUUUGUUUCUCCAACCGUCAGCCUGCUGCCCUGAUGCUGUGUACUUCCUACAGUGCCACCUGUUGAGGUUAAGUGGAAGUGCAGCUGAACUGCAGGGGCAGCAGAUGUUUAGGGGGGACAUUGAGACAUUUAGAAACUAUUUUGAUGGGGUCUCGUAUUCUCUGACUCUGACAGCCCCCAGACCUUGCCAGAGGACAAUCCUCUUACUGUGCUUUUCAUUUUGUUGUUUUUUCAUCCUCCUUUUUAUCUGUUUCUGUGCUGUAAUAGGGUUGGAGAUAGUUUUUUGGGGUGUUGGGUAAAGUGACCUCUGAUAUAUUGGAAAACCUCUAUCUCUCUACUCAUGUCAUCUGCUUACUUGAUAUAGUGUUUUCUCUUUUCUACAUCCAUAUCUUUCCCUCUGUAGUUCUAAACCCCCCUCAAAUGAACCCCUCAGCCCACCCUUAGGAAUUGUUGGGAGUCUUUUUCAUACAAGGCGUACAGUACAUACAGUUAGCAUCUAUCAUGAAAAUAUUGAUAUUCUGAUAUCGUCUUUCUACCAGCAUUCUUGGUGCCAAGUACUGUGUUGUUUUCCCAUAGGAGGGAACUGAGAGAGAAUCAAGAGUGUGGAGUUGUAUCAAGAUAGCCUACUGACUGUGUUCAUGAAAAGUGCCAAUUUGGCCUAUCUUGUGUGCUUUUUUCUUUGAUUGUUUGAUUGUUGCUUUCAGUUCUUAUUUUUUUUGUGGAAAGAAUUUUAAGUAUAUAGAUAUAUAGUUAUAUAUAAAUGUGUACAAAGAAGAAGAUAUAUAAAUGGCUUUCUCAGUGGGGGAUCUAUGCAUGAAUUAUUUUUUUAAAUGAUGAUGGGGGAAGGACACUGGAUAGUCAAUGUUUCCACACUUCUCCUGUUUUAAACCAUUUCUAUCUCUAUUUCAAAUGCUUUUUCUUCCUAUUUUAUUCUUCAAAAACAAAAAAUGGAGGCAAUUAAAAAAAACUGCACGGAU